AUGGCAAGCCUUCUGCCCGAACCUGCACCUCUUCAAAUGGGACCGCCUGGGACAGGCCUUUCGCCCUACGCACUUAUGCAGAACCGGCGACCGCCAUUGGAUCCGAGGUUGGGGUACCCUCGAAUGUACUCGACAACCGCUACUACCGUAACAGCUCCUAUGCUUGUGAACCCUGCAGAGGAGGGCGCCGGAGGACUUUCCACGAACUCCUUUGGCGUGAAUGCAGCCGAUGGGGAGGGUCGAACCGCCCUCCACUGGGCGGCGGUCACCGAGCAGCCGGCGAUGGUGCACCUGCUGCUCCGCGCCGGUGCUUCGCACGACGUGCAGACCGCUCACGAGGAGACGCCGCUGACUCUUGCCGCGCGGGAGGGUUCUGUGGACGUUUGCUCUAUUCUUCUGGCCGCUGGAGCAAACAUCGAAAUCGCCGACUAUCUGGAUCGGACGCCUAGACAACUCGCUGCGCAGAAUGGUCACACGGAGGUGGUGCAACUUCUCCAAGUCUUUUCUACGGCCCCCCCUCCCAACCCAGGUCAGCAUCAUUUCGCUCGAAGAACCUACACGCAACCAUUUUUUCCCCAGCAACAACAAACAAUGCCCUCCUGCUACUAUAGGGGUGUUCCGGUGACCACCACUGUUGGCAGCGUUUAUUCAGAAGGUCAGACAUACGAGAAAAGGACAAAAUAUGAACCACCGGAUUUUCCCAAUGUGGGAUCAGGCGAGAGCUUUCUGAUGCAGUUGGCUCCAACAACAAGCAGUGCUUCCGGGGCAAACACGACUACAACGGAAUCCUCCAAAACGUUUUUUUUUGACCAGCCGCCGCAGUACCCCGGACUCAAUUCAAUGACGAAGUCGUCCGGAGUUUACGGCGGCGCUGAAAAUUGUUGGGCACUAAGAAACCAGCCAGCAGCAACUAAUAAUGGCCACACUCCCAGUUCCGACACCGAGUCGCCAGCACACUGGUCGUCCCCCAGUCCAACUGCAAUUUCCCCACCCGUUCCUCCUCCCAAAAUGACGGUCGCAACUUCUGGACACUACCAGGUGGCUCCGAGCUCUGCCACUCAUACGACUCUUCCUUGCUGUCCGUCACAUCAAGUAACGGAAAAUUACGCAGCUGCAGCGCCUGCGAGUGGUGGAUUCACGGUUUCCUAUGCAGCGGCUGUUGACGACUGUAUCAAGUUAGAGCCUCGGGUUUUUUAA